AUGUCGUCCAGACACAGUAUCCUGGCCCUCGCGUCCUUGCUUCUUGUGGCUCAGGCGUAUGCCCAGACUCAACCCAGGGACCAUAACUUGACUCUUACUUUCACUUCUUUCCACCAAAACGUUGGCACCAACAUCUCGUUUUCCAUGCGGGACAGGCCUAUACCUUCCACAGGAACCUGCUUCAACCUUACCGACGUCUUCGGCAAUUCGAGCCACUCUCAGCCUUACGUCACCCAGAAUGCAGAGCAGUUCAGCCCCCAGAACAACUACACGACUUUCUUCUACAAGCAACUCAACGAGACCGGUCUUGCGGUCGGUAAAGAUGCUGCCAGAGUUGUCAAGAUGUGGCCAUACGAGAAUUGUCGCUCGACUGACUUCUCUCCGUGGUAUGGACUCAGCUGCCAGAGUGAGGGAUCGGCGUACAACAUGCCUGCCGGGAUCAAGAGUUUCUCUGUCGUGGACAGGUGGUAUUCUAACAACGAGGAUGAAGGUCACUGCUGGACUUUGGCUGAGGAUGGUCAUAGCUCUGCGGCUUGCACAAGCUUCCAGGGCUGUUUUGUAGCGAUGAUGGCUGCUGCAUUGGCUGGCGUGUUCUUGACUAUGUGA